ACAUAGGAGCAUGGAAAAGCUAAUAUCUGAAAGACCUGUUUCUGUUCCCAAGGCCAAGCCAGACACAAACUCCUGCCUUCAUGCACCUGAGAAGUAUUUCCUCUCUGGUGGGAGGGACAAUGAGAACUGUAAGGCUACUGAGAAUGAAAGGAAGUGGAUUAGCCCUGAUACACCUAGCAAAUGCACCUGGAAGCUUGGGAAACCCUUAUCAGCCUCCCCACAUCAUCAUAUCACUAUGUCUGAGCCUCCAAACAUCCUGCCAAACAUCCUGAAUAAAGUUGGCAAUACACCCUUGGUGCGGAUCAACAAGAUUGGGAAGCACUUUGGGCUGAAGUGUGAACUCUUGGCAAAAUGCGAGUACUUCAAUGCUGGGGGUAGUGUGAAGGACCGCAUUAGCCUGAGGAUGGUAGAAGAUGCUGAGAAAGCUGGGAUUUUGAAGCCUGGAGAUACAAUCAUAGAGCCAACCUCUGGAAACACAGGAAUUGGGCUUGCCUUGGCUGCAGCAGUGAAGGGUUACCGUUGUAUCAUUGUGAUGCCAGAGAAAAUGAGUAUGGAGAAGGUGGAUAUCCUCAAAGCUCUGGGUGCUGAGAUUGUGAGGACCCCAACUACUGCCAGAUUUGACUCUCCUGAAUCUCAUGUGGGAGUAGCAUGGAGGCUGAAAAAUGAAAUCCCCAAUGCACAUAUUCUAGAUCAGUAUCGUAAUGCCAGCAACCCCCUGACGCACUAUGACACCACUGCUGAAGAGCUCCUGCAGCAAUGUGAAGGAAAAAUAGACAUGUUCGUGGCUACAGCUGGCACUGGAGGGACCAUCACUGGCAUUUCCAGAAAGCUGAAGCUGAAGUGCCCAGAAUGCAAAAUCAUAGGUGUUGAUCCUGAAGGCUCCAUCCUGGCUCAACCAGAAGAACUGAACAGGACUGACAAGACGACGUAUGAAGUGGAAGGAAUUGGAUAUGAUUUUGUCCCCACGGUGCUGGAUAGAUCUGUAGUGGACAAGUGGUACAAGAGCAAUGAUGAGGAGUCAUUUACUCUUGCGCGCAUGCUAAUCCGAGAGGAAGGACUAUUGUGCGGUGGCAGCUCAGGCAGUGCCAUGUCUGUAGCUGUGAAGGCAGCCAAAGAACUGAAGGAAGGUCAGCGCUGUGUUGUUAUGUUUCCUGACUCUAUCAGGAACUACAUGUCCAAGUUCUUGAGUGACAAAUGGAUGAUUCAGAAAGGAUUCAUGAAAGAAGAGGACCUUGUGAAAAAACCUUGGUGGUGGAAUGUCAGUGUUCAGGAAUUAAGCCUCUCAGCUCCCCUGACUGUGCUUCCAACAGUUACCUGUGCAAAGACAAUUGAAAUCCUCCGAGAAAAAGGAUUCGACCAGGUACCAGUUGUUGAUGAAUCUGGGGUGAUUUUGGGCAUGGUUACCCUGGGUAACAUGUUAUCUUCACUGCUUGCUGGAAAAGUCCACCCUUCAGAUGAAGUUAACAAAGUAAUCUACAAGCAAUUCAAACAGAUUAACCUGCAAGACAACUUGGGGAAACUUUCUCAUAUCCUGGAAAUAGAUCACUUUGCUCUAGUGGUCCAUGAACAGAUUCAAUAUCACACUGAUGGUUCUUCGAGUAAGCGGCAAAUGGUGUUUGGCAUUGUUACAGCUAUUGACCUGCUUAACUUUGUGACUGCACGAGAACAGGAAAGAAACUCCAUCUAAAAUCAAGUAACAACCUGGAGCCUCUUCAACAACAUUUUGCAAUCUCUUACAAAGAAUCAUUUUUUUCUUAGAUAGUAUAGUUUGCUGCUAGGGUGAGCGGAUUUUGUUUUGUUUUAAUUCUGAAAAUAGGUGUAACUAUCCUUGUGUCAGCUAUAUAGCUAGCACAUUUUACAGUAUUGCACAGCUGCUGAGGGUUCAUUUCUUAAUCAGGUUACACAAUGUUUCUUGUUAAGAAAAACUUAUUUUUUUAACCUAUGUAUGUAUACAUAUGCAUGUAAGAAUAUUAACUGGUGUGUUCAUCUGUUAUGUUUAAAGUCUGGCCUUCCAAAAUAUUGUUUCAGAUUCAUUAAAGUUGAUGAAGAAAAGUUACUAAAGCAGAGGCCCAAGAGAGCUCUGAAAAAUUUUGUCUAUGCAGUGAUGUUAGAUUAGACAAUAGCUGUGUGAAGACAAUUGUCAGGGCUUAGGGUGUGGAAAGAAGGGAAGUAUUUUUUUUUUUUUUCAUGACAUCAGUGCAAACAACACAGGAGAAAAUCCUGAGGGCAGGAUUUAAGGUUUCUUUCAACAAGGUGCUCUAAACGGACUUGACAGUGAAUGACAAACAAGUGACUAUUUUAAACAGAACACUAGCUUUCACUGCAAAGACUGAUCUUUUUUUUUUUAAUUGUACCUUGAUAAGUAAGCACAAACAAAAUUAAAUCAGAUCAAACUUC